AUGAAUAAGUUUGUCACCAGGUUAAAACGUGGACAACCAAGCUCUAGUUCUACUAUUCCACCUGUUGCUUCAUCCAUACCCUCGGAAGUUCAGAGGGAUACAAAUCCUUUAAAUAUCAAUUUCAAUUAUUUGAAAGCAGACUCGGCAAACAGAAGGCCUAUUGCAGAAUAUGACGCUAAUAUACGUGAUGAAUUUGGGAAGAAAAAGAAAGCAAUGCGUCAGUUUUAUCCUGGCUGGUUCAAAGGUCGACAUUCCAAGUGGUUAGAGUACAGUAUAUCAAAAGAUGCUGCUUAUUGUUUGUGUUGCUAUUUGUUUAAAAAUGAGCAUGAUGUUCGUGGAAAUAUGGGAGAUGCUUUUACGAAAAAGGGUUAUAAGGGUUGGAACAAGGCUAAGGAAAGAUUCAAAACUCAUAUUGGAGAGCGCUUGGGUGCUUCAAUUGAUGUGGCAAGGUUUCUCUUAAGAUUAGGAUUGCCGUUUCGUGGUCAUGAUGAGAGCAUAUCAUCUACAAAUAGAGGUAUAUUUCUUGAACUUUUGCAAUGGUAUGGAGCCAUGGAUCAGGAAGUUGGAAAAACAAUCAAAGCUAUUAUUGAAGACUUGGAUGGUGAUUAUUUCGGAAUACUGGUUGAUGAAUCGAAGGAUAUAUCACACAAGGAGCAAAUGGCACUUGUUCUACGAUAUGUUGACAAAAAAGGUGAAGUGAUAGAGCGAUUUGUUGGUAUUGUCCAUGUUAAUGAUACAUCUGCACGAUCAAUGAAGGAAACAAUCUAUUCUUUUCUUUCGGAUCACUCAUUAAGUCCAUCCCAAAUACGUGGGCAAGGUUAUGAUGGUGCUAGUAACAUGCAAGGAGAACUAAAUAGUCUUAAAAUUUUAAUUUUGCGUGAUACUCCAUCUGCAUAUUCCACUCAUUGUUUUACUCACCAAUUGCAGUUAACACUUGUGGCUCUUGUGAAGAAAAAUUCAGAUGUGGAUGAUUUUUUUUGUAUAGUUACUAAUGUAUUGAAUAUUGUUGGAGCAUCUUAUAAGCGCAGGGAUUUGCUUAGACAACAUCAAGCUGCAAAGUUAGAAGAGUUGCUCAUUUCUGGUGAAGUGCACACAGGACGGGAAUUAAAUCAAGAACGUGGGCUUCAACGACCAGGUGACACUCGUUGGGGUUCUCAUUAUAAAACAUUACAGAACUUCAUUGAUAUAUUUCCAUCAAUUCUUUAUGUUCUUGAAUUUGCUGCAUAUGAGUGUCCAAAUUAUAUCGAUAGACUUACAACUGAAAGUCUUGUGGAUAAGAUUAAGGGGUUUGAUUUUGUUUUUAUGUUGCACUUGAUGUUGGAAGUUCUGAAGAAGACAAAUUAUUUGAACUGCUCAUUACAGAAGAUGGAUCAAGAUAUUGUCAAUGCUAUGGGACUGCUCAAUACUGCAAAGCAAGAAUUGCAAAUGAUGAGGGAUAGGGGAUGGAAAUCAUUACUGGAUGAUGCCCUUUCUUUUUGUAAUAAGCAUGAGAUAUUUAUUCCGAAGAUGGAUGCUAACUACAUUCCUGGGAAGUCGAAACGUAGAACUCUUGAUGUUACAUAUUCUCAUCAUUUUCGUGUUGGAAUUUUUUAUCCUGUUAUUGAUUUGCUGCUUCAGGAGCUUAAUAAUCGUUUCGACACUGUUAGUACUGAUUUACUUCUUGGUAUGGCUUGUUUACAUCCAGCUAAGUCAUUUGGUAAUUUUGAUAAGAAAAAGGCAAUGAGGUUGGCUGAAUAUUAUCCGAAUGAGUUUGAUAGCAACAAGCUUCGAGAUCUCAGUUGCCAGCUUGAUAAUUUCAUAGUGUAUGUUCGAGGUUCUGAUAAGAGAUUUUUCAAUAUGAAGGGGAUUAUUGAUCUUGCUAAAGUACUGGUUCAAUCAGAAUUGCACCAGACCUGGCCAUUUGUUUAUUUGCUUAUCAAGUUGACUCUUAUUCUUCCUGUUGCUACUGCUUCUGUGGAACGAGCUUUCUCAUCGAUGAAGUACAUCAAAAAUGAACUCCGCAACAGUAUGAAUGAUGAAUUUUUAAAUGGUUGUUUAGUCUGCUAUGUAGAGCGUGGGAUAUUUGCAACUAUAAGUAAUGAUGCUAUUAUUCAUCAUUUUCAGAAAAUGAAAAGUCAUCGAGCGCAGUUGUGAUUUGUGACUGCAAGUCUUUUUUUUUGGAUCAGACUUGAGACUAAGUCUUUUUUUUUUUGGGAUCGGACUUGUGACUACUGACUAGAAGUCUUUUUUUUUUUGGAUCAGACUUGAGACUAAGUCUUUUUUUUGGGAUCAGACUUGUGACUACUGACUAGAAGUCUUUCUUUUGUAUGAAACUUGUGAUUAAAAGCCUCUUUUGGUAAUGAUAAUAUUAGUUGCAGUUUUCUUUUAGUUAUGCAUUCAAAUAGUUGUGCAUUUAUAUUAUGUCAUCGUUAGCAACUCAUGUUAAAGAAAAUGAAGCACCCACG